AUGACGCAUGGCGGACCUGUGGAGGACAGACAGGUGCGUGAGAGCCAUGACAAGAGCUGGCAUGGGCUCCCAUUUUGGCAUGGCCAGCUGGGUCGUGGACAGGCAUGGCCAGCUCCAGAACUCGUGGCCUCCGAGCCGCAGGAAGCGCGGCCGGGCUUUAGCAGUUGCUCUGCGGAUGAAUACGAGGACUUUCCAGAAGUCCUUGCGGCUAAAGCAAAACUAGUGGCAGGUUUGCUCAGGAGAAGCCGCUACACAGUGGCGUACACUGGUGCUGGCAUAUCGACAGCGGCUGGCAUAAAGGACUAUGCCUCCCGCGCUUCAACUAGCAAGGUGAACCAUCUCGUGACCAACGAUAGCCUCGAAGAGGGUUUACACGCGCAGCCCACAUGGAGUCACAGGUUCUUCACUGAGCUGUGGCGACAAGAGCUUCUACAUCAUUGGGUGCAGCAGAAUCAUGAUGGAUUGCCACAGAAGGCUGGAUAUCCGCAGGAGGCCUUGAACGAGAUCCAUGGAUCCUGGUUCGACCCUUCCAAUCCUGUCGUUCACUUCCGCGCAGAGCUUCGUCCUGAAAAUUUCGCGUGGAUGCUGGAUGCUGAGCUGCGCUGUGAUUUGGUGCUGGCAGUGGGAACUUCUUUGUGUGACACGCCUUCCACGGCAGAUCGCAUGGUUGUGAGCCCCAUGGAGCGCACGAAGAGGGCCCGCCCAUCCAGCUCCAGCGGUGCAGAUGGUGCGGCGGUGGUGGUGGGCCUGCAGCGCACUCGACUGGAUCAAGACGUUCAACUCCGCGUUUUCGGGGAAGCAGAUGCUUUUUUCCAGCUGGUGGCCAAGGAAAUGUCCCUCAGCAUCAAGGCUGAGUUGACAGUCGAGAAAAUGAGCGAGGAGGCGGCUCCUUAUUCGGUGGGGCAAGUGGUGCACAUCACGGCUGGGCCCAGUGCAGGGCGUGCUCUGCGCAUUGCGAAGCAAGUGGAAGGCAACCAUUUCCAGUUGGAUGGAGGGCAUUUGCUUGGUGCCUGGUGGCUUAACUGUCCGCAUCACCCGUGCCCUUUCCCCUUGUCGACUACACCACUGCCACGCUGCAUGCGUUACCAAAGGGUGGUAGAUGCUGCGCGACUGAUCGAGGUGCCGUGUUCCGGCGCGCCGGAGUCCUUCCUGUCCGGCCGCUGGCGGGGCGACGCCGUGCGGCUGCAGGGGGCCAAAGAUCAUCCCACCGCGACGGCCGAGAGGACGCAGGAUCUCUGCUGGGCCCUAUCCUUCCAGAAAGAAAGCAUUGAAGGUGUUGGCUUCACCACGUGGCCUGCCGCUGCUGUUCUCUGCAAUGUGGGUGGAAGAGCCUGGCACAAACUGUCGGGGCGAUACGAAGGUGGCCGCUUUCAGCUGGAGCUUGGCUGGGAAACAUCAGUGGCAUCACGCCGGAGUGACGAGCCCUUGGGCGCUGAUCAGGGUGAACGACGAAUGCUGCGGUGUCAGGUCGCAGGUCGCAUUUGGUGGGAUGACCGCCGUGGCAGAUUUGUGUUGGCCGGACUUUGGCAUGAUGAAGGCCUUUCUGGUGCUUUGCUGAUGUCUCAAGAGUUGGACAGUGAUGCAGGCAGAUGGGAGGGUACAGUGGACAAUGUUCACGAGGAGUGGUUGCUGGCCGUUGAUCUGAAACAAAGGCCUCAAAUCUUCGGCGUGGUGAUUGGUGAGGGCGGUUCAGAUGAAUGGAAUUUGAUCCGUGGAUUCUGUGAUCAACAUGGAAAGGUGGCUCUGCGCAAAGAUUUCGCAGAUGGAUCUUUUCUGGAAAGCCCAUGGCAUCUUGAGAGUCGUGAUUUGCCGCAGUCAUGUGACGAGCUAGUUGCGGCAAACAGUCGGAUGUGUCAAGUACGCCCUUGGCAACGGAUUGCUGACAUCACAGAGCUGCUGGGAAGCUACUGCCAAUCACGAGGUUCAAGCGUCCAGCUGAUCGAAGACGAUGGACAGGUGAAGUUACAAACGCAGAAGGAAAUUCUUCAAACGCCUGCCUUCCUCGAGAGCGGUCGUAUUCGUCUUCAUAAGCAAUGCGGUCAUUUGAAGGAAAACAAGCAGAUUGUGUGGAGCAAUGGAUCCAUCUGGACACGGGAAGUGACCGUGGAUUCGAUUGCGGAAAAAAAACUGAGGAGUUGA